AUGGCCAUCAUCGACAUCGGCAAGGAUCUGCCAACGCUGUUCAGACAACAAGCGCAGGCGACGCCUGAUGCCAUCGCCCUGGAAGAUGACGCCAUCACAUACACCUAUGGGCAACUCGAGAGCGAGGUCGAAGCGCUCGCUAGUCGUCUGCGCCUGUUUGGCGUCAGCCGGGACUCGCUCGUCGGCGUGCUCCUGCCUCGCAGUGCUCACUAUGUGAUCGCCUGUUUGGCAGCUCUGCGCGCCGGUGGUGCCUUUCUCGUGCUAGAGUUGGCAUAUCCCGCCGGUCUGUUGGCGGACGUCAUCAACGAUGCCAACCCCGCCGUGGUGAUCACCCACCAGAGCGAGGUCGAGAAGGUCAAGGCGAAAUGCCCACUGAUUGUGCUGGACCAGCCGGCCACGGAGAUUAACGGCCAUGCCAAAGAGCCUGUUUCUCCACCGGCCGAGGACGAUUUGGAUCGUCUGGCCUUUGUGUCGUACUCGUCAGGCACAACGGGAAAGCCCAAGGGUAUUGCCAAUCCACAGCGGGCUCCCGUGCUCUCGUACAACCUGAGAUUUGGUGUACAGGACCUUCAACCGGGAGACCGAGUGGCCUGCAAUGUCUUCUUCAUCUGGGAGAUGCUGCGUCCGCUGUUGCGAGGUGCAACCGUCGUGGCGGUCCCCGACGAUGCCAGCUACGACCCGGCCGCGCUGGUUGACCUGCUGGCCUCCAAGCGAAUCACAGAGACCCUCAUGACCCCGACUCUGCUAGCAACCGUUCUCGCUCGCUACCCGCAAAUUGCAGAACGCUUGCCCGAGCUGCGCACCCUUUGGCUGAAUGGCGAGGUGGUGACCACCGACCUCGCUCGCAAGGCCAUCAAAGCCCUCCCCAAGACCCGCCUCCUCAACUGCUAUAGUGCGUGUGAAACCCACGAAAUUGCCUGCGGAGAUAUCCGUGAGAUCAUCGAUACCGAGUCUCUCUACUGCCCAGUGGGUCCGUCUCUCGACCCAGCACACACAUACAUUCUGGAUGAGAAUGGAGAACAGGUCGAGGCGGGCACGGCAGGUGAACUGUUCAUUGGAGGAGACCUGCUGGCACGGGAGUACCUCAACCUUCCCGAGACAACCACCAAGGCAUUCAUGCCUGACAAGUUCAGUUCCACGCCCGGUGCACGGAUGUAUCGAACGGGUGACUUGGCUCGCAAGUUGCCCUCGGGGCUUCUGGAAAUCACCGGUCGUGUGGGAUCCAUGAUCAAGCUCCGCGGUUACUCCGUGGUGCCGGCCAAGGUGGAAAGCGACAUCUGCCAGUAUCUGGCAGUGAGCCACUGCGCCGUGGUUGCGCAUGGCGAGGGGCUGGAGCGACGGCUGGUUGCUUACAUUGUCCCUGACAAGGAGGCUGCUGGAGAGCGGCUGGCAGUGGAGAUCAACGAGACUGGACACAGCCCGGCAGCCCGUCGCAUUCUCGAACCUUAUCUUGCACACUAUAUGAUUCCUGCACUGUGGGUUGAGUUGGGUGAAUUGCCAACGCACGAAGUGUCUGGAAAGGUCGAUCUGAAGAGUCUCCCUCCUCCCCGCAGCGCCAGCCCCAGCGGCAGCGAGCAAACAGUCGACAAGGACCCCAUUAGCAUCAGCGACAUUGCCGCGAUCUGGGCCACCGUCUUGAAGACUUCCAAGACUCUUCUCAAGCCUGAGGAUAACUUCUUUGAUUUGGGCGGCCACUCUUUGUCUCUGGCUGACUUGGCCUCGCGACUUUCCAGGAACUUUGGAUUCCGCGUCCCGAUCCCUCGUCUUGCAGACAACACAACCCUGGCUGGUCAUUUGGAAACCGUGCGCGCUGUGAGAGAUGGCCACACUGCUGCCGUGCAAGCCGACCUUCCAGCUGUCCUGCUGGCUGACUCCACUUUGGACGAGGACAUCAAGCCUCCUGCCAAUGCAUCCAUUACUUCGAUCGCCGAAGCGAGCACCGUGCUCUUGACCGGUGCGACCGGCUUCUUGGGUGCUUUCUUGCUCAGCGAUCUGCUGGAAAACACCUCCGCUAAGAUUAUCUGUCUUGUGCGUUUCACUGACCCGGAGGACGAUGAUCAGGCUGGAGGUGUUGCCCGUAUCCGCAGAAACCUGCUGGACCUGGGCCUUUGGCGCGACACUCUCAUGGAGCGCGUCGAGAUCCUUCCCGGUAACUUGUCUCGGCCUCGCUUUGGCUUGACCUCCGAGGCAUUUGAUGACCUUGCGGACCGUGUUCAGGUCAUCGUUCACGCUGCUGCUACCGUUAACCUGGUCUACCCCUAUGCUGCGUUACGCGGAGCCAACAUUGGCGGAACCCGAGAGAUUCUCCGUCUGGCCUCCAAGGGUGGUGCUACGGUGCAAUAUGUCUCUACUAACGGUGUUCUGCCGCCAUCUGGCGAGACGGGAUGGUCUGAGCAGACCCUGAUGGACGUGAAGGAUGUUCCCACAAAGUUGCUGGAUGGCUAUGGCCAGACCAAGUGGGUUGCCGAGCAGCUCGUCCUCAAGGCUGGUCAGCGCGGCCUGCCUGUCAAGAUCCACCGCUGCGGUACCAUUAGCGGUCACAGUCUUACUGGCUCUGCUAAUGCCUGGGAUCUUCUGACUGCGCUGCUGGUCGAGUCUAUCCGCCUCGGAUACGCUCCGGAGGUUGAAGGAUGGCGCGCAGAGAUGACUCCGGUGGACUUUGUCAGUAAAUCGAUCAUCCACCUUUCUACCCAGACUCAGGCCGACCAGACUAUCUUCCAUCUGGGCGACCCCAACCCCGUCAACACCCGCUCCGUAUUUGAGAACCUGAAUGACCUCGGCUACCCCACAAAACCCGUUUCCUGGGAUGAGUGGGUGGCAUUGUGGUUUGAGAAACGCGGCUCGGCCAAGGGCGGUGAUGGUUCCUUCACUGUCGAUAUUCUGCGCAGCGGUAUGCCAACGGUGGAGUUCCUCCGUGGUAUUGUGGUUCUCGAUAACUCGUUGACCCGACCAUUCCGGGCGGUUGUAGAGCGACCCAAGGUGGACAGUCUUCUUCUAGAGACCUACACACGGCACUGGUUUGCCCGUGGAUGGCUUCCCCGGGCUCCUUCCCGUCAACAGGCUCUCCAACGGGCCAUCCAGCUCACUAAGAAAGGUCCGCUCAGCGGCCAGGUGGCUGUCGUUACGGGUGCAUCUUCUGGCAUUGGUGCCGCCGUGGCCGAAGCGCUGGCUAAGCAGGGCUGCUCCGUCGCAUUGGGUGCCCGCCGUCUCGAUGCUCUCGAGUCUGUCAAGCGUAAGGUCGAGUCCCACGGCGUCAAGUGCAUUAUUCGCUCGACGGAUGUCACCAACAAGGCCCAAUCAGAGGCACUUGUCCAGGCCGCUAAUGACGAGCUUGGCCCGGUCGACAUUCUCGUUGCCUGUGCUGGUGUGAUGUAUUUCACCAUGAUGGCCAACGUGCAGACAGAUGAGUGGGAGCGUACGGUCGACGUCAACUGCAAGGGUCUGCUCAAUGCCCUGUCUUCCACCGUUCCCGGCAUGCUUUCUCGCGGCCGGGGUCACAUCGUUGCAAUCUCCUCUGAUGCGGGCCGCAAGGUCUUCCCUGGCCUGGGUGUCUACUCGGCCAGUAAGUUCUUCGUCGAGGCAACCUUGCAAGCACUUCGUCUCGAGACAGCAGGCAUGGGUCUGCGGGUUACCAGCAUCCAGCCGGGUAAUACGUCAACGCCACUGCUGGGUAUGUCCACCGACGCGGAGGCCGUGAAGAAGUACGGAGAGCCAUCUGGCGCAAAGAUCCUGGAGCCCUCGGACGUGGCGAACUCGAUUGUGCAUGCGCUGUGCCAGCCUGAGUAUGUCUCUGUUAAUGAGAUUCUGGUUGAGCCGCGGGAUGAGCCUAUUUAA